ACAAACAUACCAACCAACAACCUCUUCUGUCAUACCAGCAAAACUGUCUCAACAUUAAUUGCAACUGCAACUCUAGUUUGCCACUGCGUUGCUUUGAGCGUGUGUGUGUAUGUGAGAGUGCGUUGGAGGUGUGAGUGUGUGUACAUCUUGUACAACUUGUCUAACAAUGGGGAACAAAUGCUGCAGCAAACGUCAGGACCAGGAACUAGCUUUGGCUUAUCCAACCGGCUAUAAAAAGUCCGAUUACACAUUCGGCCAAACACACAUAAACAAUACUGGCCAAAAGCAUAAUAAUGGCGGUUCACUGGACUCACGCUAUACACCGGAUCCAAAUCGUGUUCCCUUAAAAAUUGGUGCUAAGGGGGGAGUCGAUAUAAUAAGGCCACGUACAACGCCAACCGGCGUACAGGCAGCUGCUGGUGCUGGUGGUCUCCCUAAACGACGUGUCGUUGUGGCUUUAUACGAUUAUAAAUCACGUGAUGAGUCUGAUUUAAGUUUUAUGAAAGGAGACCGUAUGGAAGUCAUCGAUGAUACCGAAUCGGACUGGUGGCGUGUAGUUAAUUUGACUACAAGACAAGAGGGUUUGAUACCAUUGAAUUUUGUAGCCGAGGAACGUAGUGUGAAUAGUGAAGAUUGGUUCUUUGAAAAUGUGCUGCGCAAAGAGGCAGACAAACUUUUGUUGGCGGAGGAAAAUCCUCGGGGCACAUUUUUGGUGAGACCCUCGGAACACAAUCCAAAUGGUUUUUCAUUAUCUGUUAAAGACUGGGAAGAUGGUCGUGGCUAUCAUGUUAAACAUUAUCGCAUAAAACCCUUAGAUAAUGGUGGCUACUAUAUAGCCACCAAUCAAACGUUCCCCUCCCUACAAGCUCUAGUUAUGGCCUACAGCAAAAAUGCUUUGGGUCUCUGCCAUAUACUGUCACGACCUUGUCCCAAACCUCAGCCACAAAUGUGGGAUUUGGGUCCGGAGUUGCGGGAUAAAUAUGAAAUACCACGUUCAGAAAUUCAACUAAUACGUAAAUUAGGUCGCGGCAACUUUGGUGAAGUAUUUUAUGGUAAAUGGCGUAAUAGCAUUGAUGUUGCUGUUAAAACACUACGUGAGGGCACAAUGUCGACAGCUGCCUUCCUGCAAGAGGCUGCCAUAAUGAAAAAGUUUCGUCAUAAUCGUUUGGUUGCACUUUAUGCAGUUUGUUCACAGGAAGAACCCAUUUACAUUGUACAAGAGUACAUGUCUAAAGGCAGCUUAUUAGACUAUUUACGCGAAGGCGAUGGCCGCUAUUUACACUUUGAAGAUCUCAUCUAUAUUGCUACACAGGUAGCCUCCGGUAUGGAGUAUUUGGAAUCGAAACUAUUAAUACAUCGAGAUUUGGCAGCUCGCAACGUUCUAAUAGGUGAAAAUAAUGUGGCGAAAAUAUGUGAUUUCGGUUUGGCCCGAGUUAUAGCGGACGACGAGUAUUGUCCGAAACAGGGCUCCCGCUUCCCCGUCAAAUGGACCGCACCGGAGGCCAUAAUCUAUGGUAAAUUUUCAAUAAAAUCCGAUGUCUGGUCGUAUGGUAUACUGCUCAUGGAAUUAUUUACGUACGGACAAGUGCCAUAUCCUGGUAUGCAUAGUCGCGAGGUCAUUGAGAAUAUUGAGCGUGGCUUCCGUAUGCCAAAGCCGACAAAUCAUUAUUUCCCUGAUAAUAUUUAUCUCCUGUUGUUGCAAUGUUGGGAUGCGGUACCGGAGAAGAGACCAACAUUUGAAUUUUUAAAUCAUUACUUUGAAUCGUAUUCGGUGACGUCUGAGGUGCCCUAUCGAGAGGUGCAAGAUUAGGAUUAGAAGUUUAUAAAUAUUCAAUAUUUAGGUAUAAUACUUUAAGUUCUUUAUAUAUACAUAUAUACAUAUAAAUAUUUACAUACAAAAAAAAAACCA